AUGCUGCCCUCGCGAGAGUAUGGCACGGAGCAGGACAAGGUCAAUUGCUCCUUCUAUUUCAAGAUUGGCGCAUGCAGACAUGGUGACAGGUGUUCUCGUCGUCAUGUAGAGCCAACACGUUCCCGCACGAUCCUUUUGUCCAACGUAUACCAGAAUCCCAGGCACCUCGAUGCCGAGUGCCGCCUGUCGGACGAGGAACUGCAGCGCGAAUUUGACGAGUUCUUUACUGAUUUCUUCAUGGGUCUCAGCAAGUACGGGGACCUUGUCGAAAUGCAUGUGUGUGACAAUGUAGGCGACCAUUUGAUCGGCAAUGUCUACGCACGCUACGAGACGGAAGAGGAUGCAGAGCGCGCCGUCGAGGGCCUCAACACACGCUGGUACAACCAGCGUCCCCUGUUCGCCGAACUCUCUCCCGUGAGUGAUUUCCGGGAAGCCUGCUGCCGUCAGAACGAGACAAAUGAGUGCAACCGCGGCGGCCAGUGCAACUUUAUGCACCUGCGAUACGCCACGCCCGAGCUCGUACGCUCACUGUACCAGCAACUGGCCGUGGAGAACCGCGAGCGCCGGCGCGAACGCAUGGCUAAAGCCGAUUUUCUCCGCCUUGGCUGGAAGGAUCGCCUCGCGCGCAUCGAGGCUGAGGCACGCCAGCACGGCGAGACCGCGCCUCCCUCAUACGAUCGCGACUGGCGACGUGGUCCCAGUGGCGGCGACUGGCGCGCCGAACCUCCCAGGGCGGAUCCCGAGAGUAUUGCUUCAUAG